UCGGGCAGUUUUAGGCGGUAGGGUUUUGUUUCCUGGCAGUUCGUUUUGAUUUUCAGCUCAUAAAAAUGUGAAUAUUCGGCGGAAUAAGACCUUCGGGCUCCGGCAGCGUCUGUUUCAGCGUGUUAAUGGAGCCGGACUGUAAAUCCGCCGCCGCGGAGCGAGAAAAGGAGGUGGUGACGGUGCCCUCUAGGGGCAGGACGAUGUCCGACAGCGCGUCUCUGACCUCCUAUGCUGAUUAUCCUGCUGGCCGACCUUUCAUCAACACCCGCUUACCGCGCUCGCCAAGACCUGUUAGAGCUUUUCCAGAGAGCAGCAGCGGAGCAAUCCUCUCUGCUCUGAAGAACCUGCAGGAGAAGAUCCGCAGGCUGGAACUAGAGCGGACUUUAGCGGAGCAGAACCUGCAGAAGCUCUCGCGAGAAAGCUCUCACACCCAGAGUGUUCUGGAGAGAGAGCGAGAGAGCAGCCACGCUGAGAGACCGAAGAACCAAGACCUGGUGUCUCAGUUGGCAGCAGCAGAGGCCAAGUGCUCUUUGUUAGAGAAGCAGCUGGAGUACAUGAAGAGGAUGGUGAGAAGCACUGAAUCUGACCGAACUGCUGUGCUCAAACGGCAGGUGCGUGUGCAGGAGUCGUCUGACCCGUCUGAUGUGCGUUUGAAGCUGGAGAAGCUGGACACGCUGGAGCAGGAGUACCAGAGACUGACCCUCACUCAGAACGCCGCAGAGGCCAAGAUCAGAGAGCUGGAGAGAAGACUGCAGGAGGAGGAGCACCAGCGGAAACUCGUACAGGACAAAGCAGCACAGUUACAGACAGGCCUGGAGGCCAAUCGGAUUCUGAUCGAGUCGGUAUCACCCCGCCCACACAAGUCCUCGAAGAAUAAAAAGAAGAAAGUAGCGUCAAAGAAGCCCCUGCAGCAGCAGUAUUCUCACGCGCAGCCGCAUUACAGGCUGAGUUUGGGGGACGUUCCUUUCGUGGCUGGAACGUCCACUGGAGCGAGUCACUCCGUCCGAGCGAACGUCCAGCACGUUCUCCACCUCUUGAAGCAGCAUAACCGGCAGCUGUGUAACGAGCGCGUGCUCGGAGACGGGAAAGGGCCUUCGGAACGUCAGUCGAGCAGUAGCUCCUCCUCUUCCUCCUCCUGCAGUGAAGAGCUCUCAGACCUGCUGCUGGCCUUACAGGACGAGUUUGGAACCAUGAGCUUCGAGCACCAGGAGCUGGGUAAGCAGAUCCAGGCGUGUCGAUCUGACCGGUUGAGGCAGGAUCUGGAGAGAGAGAUGGAGAACCUGGUGAAGAAGAUGGAGGGAAAAGGAGAACAGAUCGCCAAAGUCCGACGCCACCAGGCACUGAUGGAGAAGAUGAGGAAGCAGGCUCGUAGGCGGAGUCCUGGUGGCGGUGAGGUGAAGGUCACUACGACGGUGAGCACCCUAGGCCGUGGGGCCGAGCCGGUGAAGGUAAAGUCCAGACCAGGUGGACGCAGCAAAGACAGUCUGCGGCUGCUUCGGGACAUGCGCUCCCUACAGACGUCCUUACGCACUGACCAGGUGUCCUGGGACUACUGAAACUCGGACAACUACAACCAAUAAACUCUCUUUGGGAGACCA